AUGACUCAAUAUCAGGGGGAUUCCAGCUACAAGGAUAAGCUGGUUAUUGUAAUCGGCGGUACGUCCGGAAUUGGUUUUGCUGUUGCCAAAGCCUGCGUUGAGCAUGGCGCCAAGGUUGUCGUUGCCGGCCGCUCCCAAGGAAAGGUUGAUGGCGCCAUUGAAAGACUCAGGACUGUUGCCGACGAACAAUCAAAGGUUCGAGGGUAUAUUUGCGACUUGUCUUCACCCGAUGUCGAAGAAAAUGUCCGACUCCUAUUCGACUUUGCGACACACAAUCGCGAUCACAAGGUGCACCACAUCGUCAACACUGCUGGACAAAUGGGAUCACCACUAGCUUUGAAAGACACAACCGCAGAGGAUGUUCUCAAUAUCUGUCAAGCCCGUGUAGUCGGAGACGUCAUUAUCGCCAAACUAUCUUUACAAUACCUCGAAGCGUCGCACACAUCGUCAUACACCAUGACUGGUGGCCUGGGCACCUAUAAACCUGUGGCCGGUUACAGUGUGCGCGACGGCCUUGGAGGGGCCAAAGAUGCCUUGGCUCGGAGCCUGGCCUUGGAGAUAAAGCCGAUACGAGUUAACCUGAUAAACCCUGGAGCCGUACAGACGGAGCUGUUUGAUCAGUUCGCUGGCAUGUGCGGUGAAGAGGUGAUAGAUGGAAUUCGCGGCAAGGCGGUCUUGGGGCGAAUAGGGCAACCGGAAGAUCUGGCCGAGGCAUACCUGGGCAUCAUGAAGAAUUACUUUAUCACUGGGUCUAUUGUUAAUAUUGAUGGUGGGUACCAGCUCACUUGAUGGAAGGAGAUAGUGCUGCUCAGUGUUGUUGUUUAUAUUACUGGGCGAUCCUUUAGGCCUUUUGAAUUAAAAUUGUUAACUUCA